AUGCUGGUGUACUGUGCUUCGGCAGCGGUGCACGACCAUAGCAUGGAUACUGUGGAACGCGAGUCCGAUGGGAGCUUCCGUGCGAGAGACUAUGAUCACUACAGCGACUCUGGCCACCACUCCGAGUUUGACCACGAAGCUAUCUUAGGGAGCGUGAAGGAGGCUGAGAAAUUCGACAGCCUGUCUCCAGAAGAAGCCAAGGCGAAACUGGCGGAGCUUCUGAUCAAGAUGGACUUAAAUGGAGAUAAACUUAUAGACCGGUUAGAACUUAAGAAGUGGAUACUGAAAUCAUUCAUAAACUUAUCUCGUGAAGAAACAGAAGAACGCCUUCAAGAAGCUGAUGAGGACCAGGAUGGAGCUGUGACGUGGCAGGAAUAUUUGCACUUAUUAGGCGUUGAUAGUGAUGAUGAAGCUGGUCCCGAGGACACUGGAGACUCUGGCAUGACUCUUCAAGAGGAGAAAGCGAUGUGGGCGAUUGCAGAUGCCAAUAGCGACGGGCAACUGGAGUUGGAUGAGUUCCAGGCAUUCACGAAUCCUGAAGAACAUGAAGAGAUGCAUCCGUUCCUCAUCAACCAGACCCUCUCCGACAAAGACACUAAUAUAGAUGGCGUGAUCGACUUUAUGGAGUACAUCGGUGAAAGAGGUCAACAACAAGACAAGGAAUGGCUGGUCGCCGAAAAGGACAAAUUCGACCACGACUUAGAUUUGAACCACGACGGGGUGAUCGACCUGAAAGAGAUUCACACGUGGAUCAUACCGGACAACGAAGAAAUAGCGCUAGAGGAGGUAGACCACUUGUUCGCAUCAGUGGACGACAACCACGACGACAUAUUGUCGUUUAACGAAGUCCUCGACCACACCGAAAUGUUCGUCGGCAGCUCCGGCUCCUCGGCCUCCGACAUGUACGGCGAACACUUCGACGACGAACUAUGA